AUGUUGUACCCUACUUUGAAGUCGCUCGCCGUCGGGCUGGCGCUCGGCGCCAGCACCGUGCUGGCACAGGACUCUUCCACUUCACUCGUGAGCCGCCGCCUCACAGAGUAUCUGAUGCCCGCCGCCGCCGAGACGCACGAGUUUGCGCGCGUCCCGAACUCCAACUUCGUCCUGCUGACGCAGAUGUCCGACAGUGAGCUCAUCAAGAUUGAGCUGGACGCAACCACCGAAGAGCCCAUUGCCUUCCACGCCUUCCCGAUGGGCAUGAACAGCAGCUCCGAGCUCCACGGCGUGUGGCCCUCGACCGUCCACCCCGGCAUGAUGUGGCUAUCCCUGCAGGGCGACAACAAGCUCAUCCUCGUCGACCCCGGCAAGGACCUCUCCACCGCUCCUUCCAUCAUCCAGACCAUCGACAUCCCCGAGCCCGGCAACGGCCCACACUGCGUCUUCGAAAUCGGCAACCGCGUCUGGGCCGGUCUCAAGGUCGCGUCCCCUCAAACCGGCCAGUUCUACGUCUUCUCGGCCGAUGUCACCAACUCCACCGACAGCACCCUGUACGAGUGUCUCAACAGCCCCGUCUUCAUCAAGGAGGAGCCUACCACCGGCCUGAUCUACGUUACUCAGGAUACCGAUUCCUCCAUCAUGCGCAUCAACGUCACCAGCGGCGAGACAAAGCAGAUGCCCAUUCCCGCCAGCGUGGGCAACAACGCCGUCGGAAUGAUCACCGCCUACGGCCCCAUGAGCGGUGUGUGGUUCACUCUCGCCGGUAAUGCUACUGGUGGCACUGGCACCUUUGGUCACAUCGGAUCGCUCGGCGAGUUGGAGUUCUUCCAGCUCCAGCACCCCAUGCUCGGAGUUAAUGCUGGUCUCCUGCAUAUUGCUGAUGCGUCGACCGUUGCCGGUGGCCCGGCCUUGUGGCUCUUGUCCACCUCGCUUCUUAGCAACGAUUCGCCCGAUGCCCUUAUCCGUGUCACUUUCAACGCCGCCAUGACUGAGAUUUCUGGUGAGGAGUACAUCUCCAUGCUCACUCAGAACGCUAUGGUGCACCGUGUCUUGCCCAUGGACUCUACUGUUUUAGUGUCCGAGCUCAACACUUUCACUCUCGCCCAGCUCACUUAUAAUAACACCAUUGCUGGUCAAUGGCUGCCAGCUGAGGCUGCCAGCAACACCACGGUCUACACCGAGGCCGGUUAA